AUGACCAGCGAGAUUACUGAAGACAAUAUACGAGAAUUUCAACAAAAUGGUGCCAUAUGUCUACGUGGAGUGUUUGAUGAUCAAUGGAUUGAACUGGUUAAACGUGGAAUCGAAAAAAACCUUGCUGAUCCAAGUCCGGAAUAUUCGGAAAAUCUGAAAGGGGAUAAGGGUCCGGGAAGUUACUUUAACGAUUACUGUAACUGGGAGAGAUUCGAUGAAUUUAAACAGUUUGUGUUUGAAUCGCCGGCUGCUGGAAUUGUCGGGAAGUUGAUGAAUGCUAAGGAAGUUGUAUUUUAUCAUGAUCAUGUGUUGACAAAGGAACCAGGCACGUUUAAAAUUACUCCCUGGCACCACGACCAGUCGUAUUACCCAAUCGAUGGAUGGAAGGCGUGUUCCAUUUGGAUGCCAGUUGACCCCGUUUCCAUGGACACUAGUAUUCAGUACGUGAGCGGAUCUCAUCGAUGGGGGAAAUGGUUCCAUCCAAGAAAAUUUGCAACUUUACUGAAUUACGAUAAAAUAAGUGACUAUUUGGAAGGACGGAAAUAUGAACAAAUGCCAGAUAUUGACAAUGAAAUAGACAAAUAUGAAAUAUUAAAAUGGGAAAUGAAGCCCGGUGACUGUGUUGUCUUUCAUAUGCUAGCAGUACAUGGUGCCCCGGCGAAUACUUCCCUGAACACGCCUAGAAGAGUUCUAGCAACGAGGUGGCUGGGGGAAGAUGCUGUCAUGGCAACAAGACCAUGGAAACCAUCUCCGCCAAUCACUGGAGGGUUAAAGCCUGGCGAUAGAGUGCUAUGUGACAAGUUCCCAUUGGUCUGGAGCGCUAUCUGA